AUGGCUGCUGACGUCCAGCACUGGGGUGGACGAGUUGGAUGGCAAGCGCGACCUGGUCUGCUCUUGUUGUCCCAUGAUGUGCUGCUUGAAGUGGUGUCGCUGCUGGAUGUACGGUCACUGCUGAGUGUGCGACAGGUGUGUCGUGUGCUGAACGCAAUCACGCACGAAAAUAUUAUUUUUGUUCGAUUGUUGAAACAGCCGUUACCGCCGAGUGUGCCUGGGUCGUGUGCAGAGGAGAGUGUGAUGCGCACGCACCGACUGCACAAGAACUGGGACCUCGCCGCCCUGCCGAUUACUGUGCGAACGACGAGGAGUGAUGCAGUCGCCCCUCGGGUCACUCGGCGCCAAACAGAGCAUGCUCCACCGCCACAAGCUCCGAGUGCACCGCCGCUGGCAUACCACCUCCCUCCAGGUGCGGAUGCCUAUCCCUUCUUGAAGCUCGAGACAUUCGCGCCCUUUCGAGACCCGAAGACUAAGCAAGCUUCGUUUGGUCCAGAUCAACCACUUGCCCCGAUUCCUAUCCACCCAUUGCACUCCGAUCUCGAUCUCACCCAGGCCACACAUUCCCUAGUCCAGGCCCAGUUCAAGUAUAUUACCCAGCACCAGUCGGACACUCCUGCGGCACCCUCUCCGCGUCUCCCUCCGCUCGCCAGCAAUUUCGCAGCUGCUGUGGUCCGCAGUUGGAAUGUCGGUGCACCUGCUGUUGCUUCUCCCCCUCUCCCCUCUACCUCUUCCCAUAACCAAGUGGCAGUUCCCUCUCCCACCGCUGCACCUGCCCCUCGACCCACCCGCGUGUCCUCCCUUCCGAUACGGGCCAUAUUUGCCAAGAUUGUUGGCCGAGGUCGCUGGGGCAUAUUCGUUAUCAAGCGUGAUCCAUCUUCCAAGGGCAAACAGCGCGCGGACGAUACCUCUAGUAGUACCCAGCCUCUGACUCUGGAAGCACUCGCCUCGCUCGGCAAGGGUAAAGCCAAAGAACUGCCCCCGCUCGGAGCUUCAUCCCAGUCUCAACCCCAGCCUGUGGAUGAAGGUGCCUUUUUGGUCAUUUACGAUUUGGAAAAGGUCCUUUGCGGCUCUGAAGCACAAGUCGCUGAACAUCCCUUGAAGAAUACGCCCAGUACCAUCACGUGUCGUGCAACUACCAACGGGGUCGUUAUUGUCCUUGUCAAGAGUGUCACUACAGGCCCCGGAGCUGGGUCGUCUUUAACCACACUCCUUCGAUGGGAUUAUACCUCUCCCGCACUCGUAAACCUGAGUUCACACAAGGCUGGAUGUAUGCUCGGCGCAAUUAGUAUCGCCGAACUUGAGACGGAGAAGGACCAGCCAGCGCGCACGUUGGUUGCAAUCGUCCACCGCCCACGGACGGUUAUGAUCCAAGACGUGGAUUCUAACCAACGGUGUUUUAUCAAACUUGGCAAGGUCCCGCCUAUCGGGUCUCGUAAUGCGGUACAGGCGGUUCAUUUGAUUCCCGGUCCCAGGUUGUUGGCGUUGCGGUCCGUUCAGGCCGAGGAAGCGAUGUAUGCGUUGGAGGAAUACGAGCUUCCUCCGAUGGGACAGACCUCUCAGCCGACAUCCUCAUUGCAAAGACAGUGGAUUCGGUCGCCCGACCUUCAAAAUUGCACCAUCAUCGAAGGCCCAACGCGUGACGAUGGAUCGCUUCCUGACCUUGCACUUUGGGCAUUUGAAACACACCCGAAUCGGGCCGUGGCGCAUUGGCUCUUGCGUCCUGCUUCUACCGAGUCUGAUGAUUCUAGUGUAGACGCUGAGCUUGGACAUGAUGAUACACCCGCUUCGUCUGCCGUUGAUCAGGAUAUGUAUACACCCGGCGCAUCGCCCUAUGUCUUCCCCGCGCAAAAACUAUGCACGAGCAAACUAUCCUUCCCGCACCACAAGGUAACGUUCGCACCUGGCGCCCGACGGGGUGCAUGGUUCGAACGGCCCGAACGCUCAAGGUCUGGCCAGGCGCGAGGAAUGCGAGGCGUAUGGGCCUACACCGCGGUCGACCAAGAUACCCCUGUCGUUCGAAGCUGCACGAGCGAACUACCGGAAGACGUCCUCGGUGCAAUGGAAAACAAUACACUUGGCGUUGCGUUUGACGAGAUUUCCGGGAGAAUGGUGGCGAUCACAUGUGGAGAUGGGUAUUCUGCGUUGACGGGAAGUAAAGUUUGGGUACUGGACUAUGCUUGA